UACUGCGUGGCCACAGUGACCUUGAUUGGAGCCUUUUCAACAGCGGCGAGUCCAGCCUGCUGUGGAACAAAUGUCUGAUGGGCUGCCGUCAAAGCUGAAUUAAAUCCCCCCCAAAAAUAUCCAGGUGGGACUCAAAGGUGGUCGACAUGGGCGGGAAAGUGUCAUUUGGACUGGACGAAGAGGAGAAGGUCACCGUUAUUGAAGGAGUGAAGCUCUCAGAGGAUGUUCUCAGACGAAUGAGGGACGCCCAAGGGUCUGGCAGCUCCAAGAACUCUCAGCAAGACGCCCACAAAACAUCAAAUUUAAAACCGACCAGAGCGUCGACCACUGAAGUGCAGGAAGAAAUUCGUAGAAAUUUUGAGAAGCAGCAGGCCUUGGUGCAGGAGCAGCUGGCCAUACUAGCCCAGACUGUGGGCUUAGACCACCCGAGUCCCUCGGUCAUCAUGGAGAAAGGGAAGGCCUGGGAGGAGCAGGAAAAGGCCAAGAUGCUGCCCGCCAAUUUAGAUGCCUGGAGCAGACAACUGGAGAGAAAAGAACAAGAACUGGUUAGCCUUUCCAACUUCUACAAAAAUCAGCUUGAGAUACUGGAAAAUAGGAACCUUGACGCUUACCAACAGACGACUGACCAGUACAAGCAGGCAGCCAGCAAAGCUGAGGCUAAAAUCAGACCCCGGCAGACUUCUAUGAACCAGUCUGUGUUUGUGUGUGCAGACCCCGGCAGACCCCCUCACUGUGCACUGAGCUGCAGGCCCAGGUGCUGCAGUGUUACGCAGAGAAUCCUCAGCAGACUCUGCUCUGCUCCAGCCUGGCCAAACAAUACAUGAGCUGCGUCCAGCAGGCCAGGAAGAGCUCGCUGACCAAUGGCGGACGAGAAGCCCCGAGCAAGAAAGCGUGAAGAGCAGGAGCGAAGACGAGGGAGGAUGUCAAAUCCCUCCAGCUCUCGCCUCCCUCUGUGCUUCUGUCCAUUUAUUUAUUUAGCGCCUCCCUCCUUUCCUCCGCUCGCCGUCCUUCUGAGCGUGUCAUCUUGAUGUGCCUCUCCUGAUGCCCUGAUUUAUGGUCAAGUUGCGCAGGCACACCCAAAUAAAAUCCCGUGGUGAUGAGCCUG